AUGCCGACGACGACGACGCGCGCGUCCUCCUCCUUCGCGCCCUCCCCGAGAUCGUUCCGCGCCGUCCGCGCGGUGACGCGUCACGCGCCGUCCGCGCGCGCGUCCAGGCUCAACGUCCGCGCGUCAGGCAGCGCGGACGCCGCGUACGACGCCGUCGUCAUCGGCGCGGGCGUCUCCGGCCUCAGCACCGCGUUCACGCUCGGAAGGAAGAGCCCGGGGACGCGAACGCUCGUCACGGAAGCGCGCGAUCGCGUCGGCGGGAACAUCACGACGCGCAGCGAGAACGGCUACGUGUGGGAGGAAGGCCCGAACUCGUACCAGCCGGGCGACGCGAUCCUCACCGUGGCGUGCGACGCGGGGAUGCGCGACGACAUCCUCCUCGCGGAUCCGAACAGCGAUCGGUACGUGCUCUGGGACGGCGAGCUCAGAGCGUUGCCCAAAGAUAUUCCCACCGCGGUUCUCGGGACGUUUCUGACGUGGCCCGGGAAGAUCCGCGCCGGCCUCGGCGCGAUCGGGAUCCGCCCGCCGCCGCCGGAGGGGAAGGAGGAGUCCGUGAAGGAGUUCGUGUCACGGAACUUGGGCGUCGAGGCGUUCGAGCGUCUCAUCGAGCCGUUCUGCUCGGGCGUCUACGCGGGCGAUCCCGCGAUGUUGUCCUCCGUCGCCGCCACCGGGAGGGUGCAGCGCCUCGAGCCGCUCGGCGGGUCGCUCGUCGCGGGCGCGCUGAAGGCGCAGAAGGAGGCGUACGACGCGAUGAAGGCGAGAGGGCCGCGCGAUCCGAGGCUGCCGAAGGUGGAGGGCCAGACGGUGGGAUCGUUCCGCGGCGGAUUGAAGACGUUUCCGGAGGGGCUCGCGAGAGCGCUCGGCCCGGAGGUGGUCAAGCUCGAGUGGAAAGUGACGCAAAUCACGAAGAACGCCGACGGCGACGGGUUCGACAUCGCGUACGAUACCCCCGAGGGCGCGAAGACGAUCACGAGCCACUCCGUCGUGAUGACCGCGCCCGCGUACGUGACGUCGAAGGUGGUGGAGGCGAUGGCGCCGGCGGCGUCGGCGGCUUUGGAUAAAUUUUAUUAUCCGCCCGUCGCGUCGGUGACGGUGUCGUACCCGAAGGACGCGUUCCGAUUGGACGGCACGAGCGCGCUUCCGGAGGGCGGGCUGACCGGGUUCGGGCAGCUGCACCCGCGGAGCCAAGGGAUUCGCACGCUCGGGACGAUCUACUCGUCGUCCCUGUUCAAAGACGACAAGAGGCAGCCGGACGGCGAGUUCAUGAUCUUGAACUACAUCGGCGGCGCGCGCGACACUGCGGUGAAGGACAUGACCGACGAGGCGCUCGUGACGGCGAUCCACGAGGACGCGCUGAAGACGAUCCUGAAGCCCGGGACGCCGCCGCCCAAGGUGGUCGGCGUGAAGGUGUGGGAGAAGGCGAUUCCGCAGUUCAACGUCGGACACCUCGACGUGCUCGCCGACGCCAAGAGAGGGCUGAAGGAAGCCGGGUGCGACGGGCUGUUCCUCGGCGGGAACUACACCGCCGGCGUCGCGUUGGGGCGGUGCGUGGAGUUUGGCGUGGAGCAAGCCGCGGAACUGGAGACGUACAUCGCGAGCGUGAAGGCGAAAGAGCUCGCGCGUUGAUCGUUCGUUCGCGACUGAUGACCCUCGCGUCGCGUCGCGCGUCGGGCAUCGUUUUAAAUAAUUACGAAGGUACUAUAC